AUGGCAUCCAUACAGAGAAGAGGCGGCAGCAUGCGUAUACCGCCGUUCUUCAGAAGACUCUUCAAGUUCACAUCUAUGGACUUCGAAACAGUACGCCUCCACCUCACUUGACCCGGAAUUGUAUGCUCACUGCUUUUGAGGCGGUAUGGGAAAUGACACAUCUUAUCAUCGCACCUAAGAAAGUGUUCAGAAACAUAUAUUACCAUGUGAGUUAGGCAUGUUGUUUCUUGCCGGGCUUUGCUGACACUUUACGCAGAAACGUAAGCUGUCCUAGAAAACAUUUCCCUUUAGGCUCUACUAAACAAUGUUCAGAAACGAAGAACACCUAUCAUCGAGCAGACCCGGCUUUUUCAUACCUCCUGUCUCUGUUCCUGGCGCUCACCGGGUUGGCAUGGGGCCUGGCUUACGCCGACGGUUUUGGCAGAACGCUACGUGUUGCUCUUGUCUUCGUGCUGGGCCACUUCCUUGGCACAUCACUACUGGUCUCAACUGCGAUGUUCUUCCUCGUUGGUCGUGUGCUGGGGAAACGACGGCAGGGGUUAUUUGGUCCUCCAGUUGGCGGCGAAGAAGGGCUCGAAUUUGGGUACUGCUUUGAUGUGAGUCCUCUCCCGCUGAAGACAUCGCUGGACCUGCAUUCAUUCUGACAUGUCUUGCAGGUUUCAAUACGAGCGUUCCUACCCGUUUGGGCCUUUCUAUACGUCCUGCAAUUUCUGCUCAUGCCGCUCAUCGCGCAAGAUUACUGGGUCUCCAAUCUUUUCGGCAAUACAAUGUACCUCAUGGCGCUGAGUUACUACUUUGUCAUCACAUUCCUAGGCUACAACGGUACGCGUGCUCAUCAACACACCUACGGAGUAUCCCAUGCUGACAAUCCUCCCAGCUCUCCCCUUCCUCAGCCGGACCGAAAUACUGCUCGCACCUAUACCGGUUCUCGUGAUCAUCUGGUUCAUCAGCCUCUUCACCUUCGACUGCGCAACGAACCUCGCUCCCGUACUAUGGUGCGGCGUCAGUCUGCGAAAACCCGUAUAG